AUGAAUUUAAUCGAGGAUGAAAAUGGCCAGAAAAAGGAUCACAUUAACGAAAUCGUCCUUUCGGAAGACGUGCAGCGCGCCAUUGAACAGGUGUUGCAAAGUUCCGACCCACUCGACCAACCAGAUUUCAAUCCGACCGAUUACAUCAACCAGCUGUUUCCGAACGAACAAUCGCUCUCCAAUAUCGAUGAGGUGAUAUCCAAGAUGGAAUGCGACAUAAGCCUGAUCGACGAUAACAUCCGUAGUGUGGUGCGCGGUCAGGUAAACACGGGCGAAAAUGGGCGCGUUGCACUGAAGGAAGCGCAACAGUCCCUGACGCAGCUGUUUUCCCUCAUUACUGACAUCAAGAGCCGUGCGGAAAAGACCGAAGAUAUGGUAAAGGAAAUAACGCGCGAUAUCAAGCAGCUCGAUUCGGCCAAAAACAAUCUCACCUACGCCAUCACCACCCUUAACCAUCUGCACAUGCUGGUGGGUGGGGUUGAGAACUUGAAGCGACUCUCGGAACGCAGACAGUAUGGAGAGGUGCUCAAUCCGUUGCAGGCCAUUAUCGAAGUCAAUCAACACUUCCAACAAUACUCGGAGAUAUCGCAAAUUCAAACGCUUUCCGCACAGGUUCAGCAGAUUCAGUCCGAACUGGCCACGCAGAUAACGGAUGAUUUUAAGAACUUCUUCUCGCCCACGAGCCACAGUAAUACGAAUCGCAUGACUCUAACGCAGCUAAAGGACGCGUGUCAGGUUGCAUCUGUCUUGGAUAAACCUGUUAAAAAGAACAUUCUCAAAUGGUUUAUUAAUCUUCAGCUCCAGGAGUACGUGCAGCUAUUCCACGAAAAUCAAGACAUAGCUUGGCUGGAUAAGAUUGAUAAGCGGUACGCCUGGGUAAAGCGUCAUUUGCUAGAUUUUGAGGAAAAGUUUGGAACCGUUUUCCCUACCGAUUGGGAAGUGUCGGAACGCAUCACGGUACAGUUUUGCACGAACACGCGCGAAGAGCUGUCUAAAAUUAUUGCCCGCCGGAAGACGGAAAUCGACGUGAAACUGUUGUUAUUUGCCAUACAAAAAACCGCUAAUUUUGAACAGUUGCUCGACAAACGAUUCAACGGUACAACGCUCGUAGAAGCUACUAGCGAAGAAGUGCGACAGGAGCGCGGGUCGUUUAACAAUCUAAUCGGUAGCUGCUUUAAACCUUAUCUGGAUAUAUACACGGAUAGUAUCGAUCGGGAAUUGACUGCACUUAUCGAACAAUUUGCCCUGCAGAAUCAACAGAUGGUCGUACCGAAGGAAAUUAAUCCCGGAAUCAUUCCGAAUUGUGCAGAUUUGUUCGUAUUUUAUAAAAAGUGCAUGGUGCAAUGUAUGCAGCUAAGCAACGAAAAGCCCAUGUACGAUUUGGUGCUGCUUUUUAAGAGGUACCUUCGGGAGUAUGCAAUCAAAGUGCUGGAGGCUCGCAUACCGAAACCGCAGCCCCCGAACACAACCACUUCGUCGAUCAGUUCUAGCAUGUCGCUGCUAACGAAAGACUUCCAAAACUUAUCGACCGCAGCUGGACAGGUGAUUCAUAAUUUCUUGAAGGAAGGCGAAACGCCAAGAUUUUCUUCGGAAGAUAUGCGUAAGAUUUGUUACAUUCUGGCUACUGCCGAAUAUUGCCUCGAAACGGUGCAACAGCUGGAAGACAAGCUGAAGGAGAAAAUCGACAAACAAUACAUCUCCAAGGUAGACCUUUCGGACGAGAAAGAUGUGUAUCAUCGAAUAAUUUCCAACUGCAUCCAACUGUUAGUGCAUGAUCUAGAUGCAGCCUGCGAGCAAUCGUUGCUGCUAAUGACAAAGAUCGCUUGGCACAGCAUCAGCAAUGUGGGCGAUCAGAGCGGCUUCGUUAACCAGAUCAUAACGAAUCUCAAACAAACGGUACCCGUGAUUCGGGACAAUUUGGCCAACAGUCGCAAGUAUUACACACAGUUUUGCCACAAGUUCGUAAACUCAUUCAUUCCAAAGUACAUCAACACACUGUACCGGCUGCGUCCGACCUCUUCAGGGUCGUCGUCCGCCUCGGGUUCGGCGGCACUGGUUGCAAGUGCUUCCAGUUCCAAUCUUGCGGAAGGUGCCAAUAGUGCGACGUCAGGCGGUAACAUUCUCGGCUGUGAGCAGCUUCUGCUCGAUACGCACAGUCUGAAGACGGUGCUGAUGGAUCUGCCCUCGAUCGGAUCGCAGGUUCAACGAAAACCACCCGCCAGCUACACGAAGGUAGUGGUAAAAGGUAUGGCAAAGGCGGAAAUGAUCAUUAAAGUCGUAAUGCAGCCCGUACAUCCGGCUUCACUCUUCAUCGAGCAAUACUUAAAGCUGAUGCCAGAAAGCAGCGUGGUCGAGUUCCACAAGAUACUCGAGAUGAAGAAUGUUCGCAAGAUUGAACAACAACAACUGGUGGAAGCAUAUAAACGGGCUUGUCCUCAGUUGCAGCAGCAACAAACACCGACCACUUCCUCUUCUUCUGGGACCCACCACGCCGAGAGUGGAAACGUUUCACAGCCAAGCGAACCAACAUCGGGUGGAAAUUCAACCCAAUCGCAGCAAAUAGCGGCUGCUGCAGCCGCUAUUAGUGGCGCCGGUUCCAGUAUUAUGGCCUUGGGAGACUCCCUCAUGGAUAAGGGAAGAAUUAAGAAGAUAGAAAAUUUAAUCAAAAAUCGGCUACCCAACUAG